AUUCAACCAGCUAAAGUUGCCCAAACAAACCCUAAUUUAUAGUUAGUAAGGGAUGUUCAUAAAAUCAAUCCAGCUAACAGUUGAUCGGCUCCACUAUCCUUCCGUGAUUGCAGCGUCCUAGAAGCAUGAGCGGGAAGCGCCCUCCUCCGGACCCGAUCGCAGUCCUCCGCGGCCACCGAUCCUCCGUCAUGGACGCUUGCUUCCAUCACUCCCGCCCGCUUCUUUUCACAGGUGCAACCGAUGGUGAGCUCAGAAUUUGGGAUACGGUGCAGCGCAGAACACUUGCUUCUAUAUGGGCUCAUAGCGGUGCUGCUGGUGUGUACUGCGUGGCGACAAGUCCCUCUCUUGGAAGUAGGGUCGUGAGUCAGGGGAGAGAUGGCACUUGUAAAUGCUGGGAGAUUGAAGAAGGGGGCCUCUCCAGGAAGCCCUUAAUAUCAUUUAGGACGAGUGCAUAUCACUUUUGCAAGCUUUCUUUGGUGAAGUCUCCCAGUUGUGUUGCAUCGACCUGUCAAUAUUCUUGUUAUGAGCCAGUAUCUGACGGAUUAGAGCCUGAAAUCAAUUGUGACAUACAAGAAUCUGUUAACAAGUUUGGUAGAGAAGAUUCUAUUCAAUCAUCAGACGGUUUGCUCACUAAUGGACCAUUGCUGAUGGCCUCAGCAGGAGAAAAAAACCAGGUUGAACUUUGGGAUUUCAAUGAGGCUAGAAGGGUAAUGUGCUUGCCACAGAUGCCUAGCUCAGGUUUCAUGGGAAACCCAGUAAAGCAGAGAGGAUUGUGUAUGGCUGUACAGGCAUUUCUUCCUUCUGAAUCACAAGGCUUUUUGAAUGUAAUAUCUGGAUAUGAGGAUGGAAGCAUGCUUUUGUGGGACACUCGGAAACCAGAUGCUCCACUAUGCCAUGUAAAACAUCACUCUGAAGCUGUUUUAAGCGUGACAGUUGACGACUCCUGCCAUGGCGGCAUAUCUGGAUCAGCAGAUAACAAAAUUUUAAUGUUUAAACUGGACCAUAGAACGGGUAGUUGUUCUGUAAAGAAAGAAAUAGCUCUGGACCGAGCUGGAAUAUCAGGUACCUCUGUUCGAACAGAUUGCAAAAUUGCAGCAGCAGCUGGAUGGGAUCACCGAGUUCGAGUUUAUAACUAUCGCAAAGGGAGCCCUCUUGCAGUAUUAAAGUAUCACAGUGCUUCGUGUAAUGCGGUUUCGUUCUCGCCUGACUCGAAGCUUAUGGUUUCUUGUUCGGAAGACUCAGCAGCACUCUGGGAGUUGUAUCCACCACAUGCCUAACAUUUACAUUUAAUCACUGUGCAAGUAAGUUGAGGAAAUUAGAAAAGGCGCCAUUUAUAAUUCUUUGCGGGUUAUAUCUGUAAUAAACUACAAUUAUUUCCUGGCGAAACUGUUGAGAAUGAUUGUUGCUGUUGUGACUUGUGAUUGUUGGGCUCUGUUGUUUUAAUUUUUUUUUAAAUAUCAGCCUGCAUAUUCACCUGUGAGACCAACAUAUCUAAACCUUGAAGUAAUGGAGCGAUUUUUCUGUCCGGAGUCC